AUGGGCGUGGAUCCAGGGGACGUAAUUGUGUCAAGCAUCGAAGAAGACGAGAACGGCAAUUGGAAAGCAAUUUUCUCGGCCAAUGCGACAAAGACGGAAAUGGACACGGCCAUGGGAGGCAAGUCGGAGCGAACUUUCCCCCCAGACGGGCCGGAUGUGCGGCUAAAGAGGCUCCAAGGCGCCAUCCGGGGCGAAGACUUCGCCAAAGAUGACAGGUUCACAAUGCUGCGACAUGCCGAUGCGAAUCUCCAUGUCCACGAGAUAGAGCGGAUCCAGAUCACGGACACUGCUGCUUGGUGUCGUGGCCUUGGCGGCUUUACCACGGAAGACACACGGAAGUUGACUGGGAUCUUCCUGACGCCUGAGGCCAUCUACAGGAAGGCCUACAAUGGGAGAGGCCUACAGGAGGAAGAUUUGAAGAGGCUGCGAGGCGCCGGCUUCACCGAUGCAGACCUGAGAAGGUUGGGGCUGCUGGGCUACGGCCUCUCCGAAGACGAGGCGACGAGGCUCGAGAUCGCAGGUUUCGGCCUCGAUGACCUCCAGAGGCGCCUACUGACCGGCGACCUCUUCUCGAAGGACGAGCAGAGUAGGCUCAAAGCGGAGGGGCUUCCCCUGGAGAGGCUCCGGAGGCUGCUCGCUGGCACGGGCCGCUUCUCCAAGGCUGAGAAAGAGAGGCUGAGCAGCAUCCGCCUUCCGGAGAUGGAGAUCCGGAGGCGCCUCAUCUUGGGUGAGGACUUUGACACAGAGGACCUGAAGAGGUUGGAAGAUAUCGACCUUCCUCUCCACGAGCUACGGCGGCGAGUUCUUGGAGGCGAAAUUUUCGAUCGAGACGAGCGAUUGAGGCUCGAUGUGGUUGGGCUGCGCGAGGAUGAGAUCAUGCAGCGCUUGGCUGACCGGGCCGAGUUCUCCGAGGAUGAGAUGUUCAGUCUGGAGAGUGCCGGCUUCGAUGUGGAGGACCUCCACAGGCGCCUCCACGGCGAGAGCACCUUUGCUCCGACCGAGCUCCAGAGGCUCCAGGCGCUGGGCUUCACAGAGGAGGAGAUCAUUAGACGCCUCUGCGACGGUAUGGGCUUCGAGGACGACGAGCUUCGAAGGCUGGCGAUUGCCGGCUUCUCGUUGGCGAAGCUGACCCGGCGCGUCUUCGGCACCAGCAACCCCACGAAGGAGGAGGAAGAGCAGUCGAGGAUCCUGAGGAGUGCAUCUGUGGUGGGGGAAGAAGGUAUGCGCAGGCUUGACGACUCGCAGCUCAAGAAGGCUUUGCGAAGGCUGAACUCCGAUGCUCAUCUCCUCAGCGAGGACGAACACAACAAGCUCGCGGAGAUCGGGCUGCCUCUGCAAGAGAUCCGGAGGCGUGUCUCCACUGGCGAGGGCUUCUCAGAAUGGGAGCUCCAGAGGCUGAACUCCGCUGGCCUCUCCGAGUCUAUGAACAGGUUAGCGCCGAACAUCAACGACAUGGACGAGGAGGAUCGUUUGAGGCUGGAGGACUGUGGUAUCCCCUUGGAGGAGAUCAAGAGGCGGACACUGUGCGGGGAGGACUUCACCCUGGAGGAGAUUGACAGGAUCCACGCGAACGGUUUCUCAAUCGACGCCCUGCAGAGGUCGGUCAUGGCGGAGGAACACGACGACGACGAUUCGAGCAGCGACUUCGGGGAAAUUCUACUGACGAAAGCCAAGGCAGUGCAGAAGACAGUUCAGAUCUCGAUGCCGUUUGCAGAUGAGCUUGCGAGGUUGCUUCAGAGCCGCUAUGUUAGCCACGAGAAGUCGGCCACAAACGCCAUGCAGUUCCAGGCGCUUGAUGAGCUGCGUGCUGCAGCCAGCAGCGCCGCAGACGAUCCCUCUGAGGUCACCCUGGCAGAGCUGGCGCGGGCCAUUGCGAAAGCCAUUCAUGCGGAAGUGGAUGAGGAGAAUCUGUCGGAGGCAACCGAGCUCCUUCAGAUGCUCCGGGCACAGUUCUUGCUACAGCUGCUCGAGGGCGCGGUUCAUCUCGAGGACAUCGCAGAGUUGGGGGCCAUGCUUGCAGCUGUAGAAGGCAAAGUUCGCGAGCUGGACUUGUUCCGGGUGGCUGGCGAUGAUGAGGAGGAAGCCGAAGGAAUGCUCUUAGGCUUCUACCCUCGCGACCUUGACCCGAGGAAGGCUUUGAGAGGCUUGAUCACCAGGGCGCGCACGAAGCAGGAGAAGGCGAAUGCCGAGGCACGGCUGGAAGAGGUCAUGGGCCUGAUCAAUGAGCUGGCCUUGGACAACAUCAUGCAAGUGCAGAAAAGCCUUUCCUCGCUUCAAGAAGCCAUGCGCGUUGGCGAGGAAGCAGGUGCAUCGCCUGUCCUCAUGUUCUCGGCAGAGGAGCUACUCCGUGACCUGCAGCUGCGGAAGGCUCGUUACGACGACUUCCACACCGAGAGGAAUGGCGCCUGGGCGCAUCUUCAGCAGAGCCUCCAAGGGCUGCAAGGCAGCAUCGGGUCGACCCUGGCACAGAAGAAGACGCUGCAACACACGCUGCUCACACAAGACUGGCGGUUGACAAGGAUUCCCAGCCAGUUUCGCGAGGAGCAGCUCACCACGGUGGUGUGUCCCGUGGGCAAAGGCCUUCAGACGAGCCUCACCAACUUCUUGGAGAUGAACUUCGCGUCGACGGAAGAGUUGCAGGCAAGCACCGAGAAUCUCGUCGAGCUGCUGCCGGCGGUGGCCAGUCUGGUUGCUUUUUUCCAACUGCCGGCGCCGACUGACGUGUUUCAGCUCCAUGACCGCAAAGAAGACCUUCUCGGCUUCUCACCGCAGGUGACAGCGCUGGUGGAGAGCGCCUCGCCACCCAUAGGUCCCAUCCCGGCGUUGCUCAAGGAUGUCGUGCGGGACAUGGACAAGCUCACUGCCAUGUGGCAGGCGCUCGAGUUGGAGGCCAUGCCAAAGGGGCUUCACCAGGCGAUCAUGUCCGGCAUCAAAGAGCUUGUAGAGGCUUGUCUGUCAGUGUGUGUUGACAAGGAGAGUGUCAUCGGAAGAGUCCGGGAUGACAGAGGUGGGAAUUCCAUCCACCUCGCUGCAAUCCACGGGCACUGGCAGGUCAUCCAGGUGCUGUUGGAAAAUGGCGGCGACGUCCAUGGCGUCAACGACCACCAGCAGUCGGCCCUGGAUGUGGCCAUCGAAACCCUCCAUAAGCUGGGUGAUUACGAUCACCAAGUCGAGUUGAGCCGACGGCUUCAAGAGACCAUCGACCUGCUGGACGAGGAGCUCCACGUCAUCAGCUACGAGUACGUGAAGUACGAAAAGAAGAAGUCCUGGUGGAAGCGGCCUGAGACCAUGCUCAAGUGGCUGCGCUUGAAGAACUUGUUAGAGUACCACUUCGACAAUCUCAAGCGCGCCUUUGUGGAGAUUGACACCAAUCACUCCGGUGGCAUCGUGAAAUACGAGUGGGAGGCCAUGUUUGGUGCUGAGGGCCAGGUGGAGGAGGCACUGGUGGCGGCUGACUUGGAGUCGAACGAGGUCUUCGGAAUGUUGGACGGCAUCGAUGUAGAGGGCAAGGAUAUGGUCAUCACCAAAUCAGCAUUCGAGUUGCUUGACUUGCUCGAUUGGCACUUGACGUCGAAGAUUUGGCAGGACCUCCUCCUCAAGCCGCUGACGGUCAAGCAGCAUCAUGCAGCUCGUCAACGAGCCAUUGCGAGUACCACACCCUUUUAG